AUGGCCCAGAGUGUGGUCUACGCCGACCUGAAGUUUGCGGCGCGGCCCCCGUCCACCGCGCCCGACGACGAUGACAGUCCCUACGAGAACGUGUCACCGCUGGGGCUGGUGACAGCAGAGCCCAGCCCAGGGCGCUGGACCCGGCCAUGGCGCGUCCCCACAGCGCUGCUGGUAGCCAGCCUGCUCCUGCUGCUGCUGCUGCUGGUGGCCGUGGUGGCCCUGGGUGCUUGCCACUGGCAGGUCACCCGCAGCCUGCAGGACUCCUCCCGUGAGCACGAGGCCGAGCAGGGCCGCCUGUCACAGGAGCUGAGGGCGCAGGAGCAGAGCCUGGAGCAGACACAGCUGGAGCUGGCGUGGGCCAGAGAGGAGCUGCAGCGAGCGUGGCAUGAGGGCAACAUCAGCCAGCUGGAGCUGAAAAGCAGGAAUGCCAAGCUGGGGCAUGCCCAGCAGAAGAUGGCUGUGUUGCAGGAGGAGCUGCAGGAGGUGCAGGGGAAGCUCAACACCAGCGAGAGGGCCGUGAGCAGCCUGCGUGCCUGCGUGAACACAGAUUGCUGCCCCUGGGGCUGGGUACUCUUCAAGAGCAAGUGCCUCUACAUCUCGGUGACAAACAAGACCUGGGAGCAGAGCAAGGAAGACUGUGCAGGGAGAUUUGCUCAGCUGCUGGUCCAAGAUGAGUGGUCGCCACUGACAGUGCCGUAUUUUGUGCAUGCGUCUAAGGCAUACUACUGGAUUGGAGGAAAAUCUCCUUAUAUGGCAAGGAGACUUACGUGGAUGGAGAGCAAACAAUCCUCGAAACGCCAUAUUCCAGACUGCUGGUCACUAGUCCGCGGGGAAAUGUGGAAUCAGCCAUGUGACAAACCCUACCCGUGGAUCUGCGAGAAAUCCCCAAAUCUGAGCAGGGCACCUGAGACUCGUCCUCUUUUUCUGGCCAAGGACUGA